GCUCGCCGCAGCUAGAGAAAGCAACAGGUUCCGCCACCAACACCCCCACAGCGCUCCAUGCCGACGGCUAACAAGCACGACAAUGGCCACUACGCCGCGUACGCCGAGCGGCGUGCCAAUUCGUCGAUGCAGAUGCUUGCGGAUGCGACGACGGGAAUGUCCAUGUGGGUCGACAUCGGGACAAAGGAGGACGUGUCCCUGUCGAAAACAGCGUCCGACUGGAAGGUCUUUUGCGCGAACCGUGCGACCACAACGAUCGACUCGACGCUCCAUUAUGUCGUGCAGCGAAUAUUCCAGGCGACAGAGUCGUCCAACUACCGAGAGCUCAUGCGCACGAUGUGGGGCGACUCGUACUUGGACGCCCGUGUCAUUGAAGUGAUUGGGUCCGAUCCAGAGACCGCCGCGUCGAUGGCGGCCGUGACGCCCCAGAGUCGAAGCAUCCCUUCGGUAUUCCACAAGACACACAAGCGCACGUCGAUCAAGUGGUUUACCACACUCGGCAAGUCCAAGCUCUCGAAAGCGGUCGAGUUCCACCUUGUCGAGUUUGUCGGGUUGGUGUAUGAUAGCCAAAACAGCAUCCAGGCCAUCUACAUCUAUCAGGAAUCCAUGGGCAAGGCCGACAACGCCCCACUUCCACAUCAAACGCAAGUGUCGACGACGUACGAUCGCGUUCGCGUCGACGGCCUCUUGAUGAAAUUUGAGGCGCUAGAACUUCCCUCGGGUGGUGAAUACGUCAUAAUGUCGUUAGCGUUGCAACGGCAGCCAUCCCUCUUGGAUUUUGGCUUCAAGAACCCCGCCGAGGACCUCGUCUUCCGUUUCGCCAAGGGGUUCCGCGCUGGCCUUCGACGCGUGCCGACGGUCUUGCCGACGUCGUCACUCCAGUUUGCCGAUACCACGUCGUGGGUGCGCGACCAAGACCGACCGGCCUGCUCUGUCUGCUCUCGAUCGUUCCUCGCGCUUGUGCGGCGGCGGCACCACUGCCGGAAAUGCGGCGAGGUCGUGUGUUUCCAGUGCUCGAACCUGUUUGCCGCGUCGACCUUGACGACAAAACCGGACCAACCAUCAUCGUCCACUAGCGAUGUUCGGCUGUGCAACCGGUGCGUCGUUCAACAGCAAGCCGAGGCGGGCCGCCACUUGUUGGUUGGGGUUCUGGAUGCGCAUGAGCUCAAGCAAUGGCUUGAUGACGAGCUGUGUGAAAACAAUCCCGACUUGUUUGACGUGCCGACGCCGGUGACGCGGAGGCCGUUACCUAGUGGCGGCGCCUUUACCGGGACACUUGAAGUGAACACGCUGGCGGCCACGAUGAACCAGCUCCUGGAUACGGGUAAGUGGAACCCGUCGGGGUCGGCGGCGCUGGACGCUACUUCAUCGGACAGCAUCACGUUGGGCACGAUGAUGCAGCAACUUCCUGGCUCGGGGGGGUCAGGAGGAGCUGCAUCGCCACUUCCUCAUCUGAACGCUGCAACCAUGUCGAACCAUUCCCCUCGUACGGCAUCGUCGCAGGGCCGACUAAGUCUUGACAACAACGAGUCGAACCACGUGUCGACGAUAUGCCUUGGCGCCGAGCGACGCAACUUUGAUACCCCGUUCGAUGGCGAGGACGACUGCAACAACCAAAUGGACCACGGCGACCGUGAUCUUCGCCUUGUCGAGCCACCACGGCGGCCAAGUCACCCGCCCCCCCCGGUCGCGACGCUGGUAUAUCCGCCUCAACCACCUCCUGCACGCACGUCCAGCACGUCGUCGUCCACCUCCCGCUCCCACCAGAAGUCGCCCCAGCCGCUCGACAACUAUGCACUUCUGUUGACCUCGUCCUCGUCCAAGUCGAUGGGUGUUUCGCCGACGGUGCAGCCACCACCGUUGCGACAGACUUCCCAUCGCCGCACGCCCAGUGCCGAUUCUCGACCGACGCUAUCGGUAGACGAGGUGUUCACGAAGCCGUCGCCAUCGUCAACGCGGCCACUUCAAAUCGACCCGCGGUAUCUUCCGCGGCACGGCUCGCAAAGCACUCCAACGCGGAAGGCGGCCUAUCCGUUGUCCCUUGUGCCACCGCCCGCAGCGUCCGCCAACGUCCGCACGGCAUCUGCUUGGGCUGGCGUCACCCACUCGACCUCUGCGGCGGUGGACGCUGCCUUGCGUGAUCUCCACACUCGGAUUGAUGGCCCAGUGCACUUUUUGGUCGUGUCGUACUCGGACGGUUGUGACGCCAUUGAAGUGAUGGCCGCAUUGGAGCACGGCGCCCCCGGGGUGCCAUUUAUUGGCGGGCUGUCCGCACGAGGCAUUUGCGACGAGGCUGCAUGGGUGUCGAUGAAGAGGGGCGGCCUCGUUGCUCUCUGGGGCAUUCAUGAUCCCCACGGGUCGUAUACUGUCGCGUCCACUGGCUACGACGAACUCACGGCCAAGCACAACGCCGGCGAUGCCGCGUUCGAGGCCCACUGUGUCACUCCGAACCCAGCAUUCUGCCUUGCGUACGCGUGUCCGUUGGUCGUCGACGACGCUCUCGCUGGUCUCCGCAGGGUCGUGCGCUGCCCCGUCCUCGGAGGAUGCUCCGUCCUCUCUGGGCAGUACCAAGGCUACCUGCAAAUCAGCAGCGCCGGCGGAUCGACGAUCGGCAUGGCGAUCGCGCUGUGUUCUCCGAGCGUCGAAACGUCCGCGGGGUGGUUCAGCGGGUAUAACGUUGUCCACACAAACCCGAAAAGAAGCGAUGUGCCUUCUUCGUCGCGUGCUCCUUGCAUGGGGAUGGUGACGGCGUCCGAUCCACAGAAUAAAGUCGUGCUGGAAAUUGACCAUCGACCUGCCGCUGUCGUGUACAGGGAGUGGAUGGCGAAUGUCCAUGAAGCAGGAGUACCGAUGAAGUUCCCGCGCCUCGGAUACAUGUACCCAUUGGGGCAGAUUGUGCACGAGGCGCUCCCUUCGUUGCAAGUCAAUGCCACACCCGUCGUGACGGCCGUGGACGACGUCGCAGGCACCCUUACCUUGACAACGGCGAUCCGCACUGGCACGACCGUGGCGCUUAUGCACACUUCGACGGAUAUAUUGAAGGAUUCCGUGAAGCGCAUGGCGACUUCGGUGCAUCAAAACCCGUCGUUUGACAUUGCGGACGUCGACGGGUGUUUGAUGUUUCUCUCUGCGGGUGUGCAAGUCGUGUUAGGAUCGUCCAUGAGCAUGACUGGCCUCGUGGGUGCGUUUAAAUUAUGGUCUGGCGGAGCAAGUUUUCUCGGGUUGACGUCGUUCGGCGAAGUUGGCCACUUGCCCCACCAGCCGACCCCUCUCUGCGACGCGCUCAUGUUUUCGUACCUGAUCUUCUCCACCCGUCGCCGACUCUCGUAUGCAGGGGAUAGGAGUCCUAUUUAACAAGCUAUGCCGAUGUCCGUGCGAGUCGUCGUGUGCCAAUCCGCUCCGCGGCGCCGCCAUUGUAAGGGGUUGCGCGCGUUUCGGCAAAUUUUUAUUCGAUGGCAAGUGAA